GUCUGGAGCUGCUGGACGCUGCGCACACUCUCUCCCGGGGCUCCCCGACACACGCACACACACACACACACACCCGACACUACAUACACGCACACGCGCGGACGGACACGCACACGAGGAAGAGCCACGCAAGUGUCGCGCGUGGGACUCAACGCAUUUCGUUUGGCGUGUUGUUAAGAUGGCUCACAUAUGAGGAGGAGGACGCGGCGGGAUGCGCACCUAAACAAGUGUCUCCUCUUGACUCCUCGAGCCGGACACCGAGACACACCGCAGGAGAUAACUCGCUAAUUCUUCUUCUCUUUUUUUUAUUUUUUUAUUAUUUCUUUCUUUUUUUUCUUCUUUUUGUGUGUGAGUGUGUUGCUCUCUUGUCAUUUGGAUUGAUCUUGGUCCUCGAACCUCCCCUCCCUCACCUCACACGCGAAGUGACAAAAGUUGUGUGGACUUCAUGGAUUUCUGACGUGGCCAUUUUUUUUGUGUGUGUGUGUGUGUGUGACUGACUCGUCCCCAAGCACCCAAGGGUGCGCUCCUCGUCAUUCACCUUGUUGACGCACCCCUGAAGAUCCAGAAGGGGAGGGGGUGGGGGGUGACAUAUAUCCCCCAGCUCCGAGGGACACACGCCACAUAUUGGACCGGUCCGAACCGAGCGAGCGUCGUGAAUGAGAUCCGCUCACCUGCCGUGACACCGACGACGAGGAAUACGUGGCCAACUUUUGCCGUAGUGAUGCUGCAGGUGGAAAUGAUCCUCGCCGUCUGCCUGGUGCUGUGGAUGUGUGUUUUUAGCCAGGAGCCCAGUUCCAAAGUGGUGGCCGACCGCUACGCCGUCUUCUGGAACCGGACCAACGCCAAAUUCCAUCGUGGGGACUAUCACAUUGACGUGUGCAUAAAUGACUACCUGGAUGUCUACUGCCCGCACUACGCUGACUCGGUGCCCGAGGAGCGGACUGAGCACUACGUCCUCUACAUGGUCAACUACGACGGCUACAGCACGUGCGACCACACCUUCAAGGGCUUCAAGCGCUGGGAGUGCAACCGGCCGCACUCGCCCAACGGGCCUCUCAAGUUCUCGGAGAAGUUCCAGCUUUUCACCCCGUUCUCCUUGGGCUUUGAGUUCAGACCGGGCAGAGAAUAUUACUACAUCUCCUCCACCGUCGCUGAGAACGGGAAGAAAACCUGCCUGAAGCUGAAAGUUUUCGUCCGACCAUCAAACAGCUGUGUGAGAACUAUAGGGGUACAUGACCGUGUUUUUGAUGUAAACGACAAAGUAGACAAUACGUUAGAACCACGAGACGACACGAGCCAUGAACCAGCCGAGCCGUCCCGAAGCGAGGAGACAAACGCUGCGCCGCACCUGCCCCCGUCUACUCCACUUCUGGCUUCACUGCUGCUCUGCCUGGCAGCACUCUUCACCUUAUAGCGCCCCCGCCUGUCUCGGAGGGGCAAUUUACACCCAGCGUGGCCUGAAUCUGCCCGAGGUUGCAGGGGAAAGGGGCCGGAUUUGAGGGCGGAGCUUGUUUUGCUUGAUUGGCAGGCUGCCCAAGGAAUCCCUCGAUUUUUGUUUUUCCCCCAGACAAAGUUUGAAGUGUCUCACCGUUUGUGAGCGGGGGGAAAAAAAUGGGAGAGACUCCCCGCCCCCCCCCCCCCCCCCUCGCAAGCCUAAGAUGCCAAAUCUGUUUUUUUGUUCUGACACUUAGUGAUUCUUACUUUCCUGUGACAGCGCUUUACAUCAUUUUUAACCAUUGCAGCACACACAAAUGCAGUGCACACACGCACACACACACACACACACACACGGACACGGACGCAUGCUCAACAAAUCUAUAGUGUUUUGUUCCAAUUACCAUAUUGUGUUUCGUAGCAGCGUUUACAACAGAGUAGGAAAGUGAAGACUGUAAACUCUUAGGAACGACUGUACGUGAACGUGUAGGUAUCCCUCAGUUGUGUUGGUGGUGCGUAAAGUCUGAUGUUUGACCCGGUAGGUCAAAACGAUGACGUUAAAGGAAAAGAACUGUUAGUUUGGGAGCCACAGCACUGGAAAAAAUUUACACAGACUGCACCUUAACCUACUGAUGACCAGUUGUUUCGUAAUUUCAUAGUAACACGCAAAUGUGUCAUAGGAGGAUCAGCUACUGUAUAUACAGUACAGGACCAGGGAUGGGUAUUUGACUAAAUUUCCAUGAUUGAAAUCAACAAUCAAUUAAUUGUAAUUGAUUAAUUAAUUGUAAUUGAUUUAAAAAGAAACUGUUUACUUUCAACAUGUUCUGAACUUCUGUUUCUACGCCAGUGUUGUAUUGAGUAGAAGAAUAUUACCCUCAAUACCACCUCAAUUCUGUCAGGACACGAUUAAUCAACAAUCUGUUUCACUCAUUGAACAGAAUUCUUAGCUAUCAAUUAAUCGACUAAUCAAUUAUCAUGCCCAUCCUUCGUGAAAAGCCGAAAGUUUUUGGUUUACUGUGGAUAAGAAAACAGAGAAAUUUAGACUCCCAGCAGGCACUUUGCAGGCCGCAACGAGAUGGAGGAUCGAUGUCUUUUAGGAGUCGCAAUUUCACGGCAACAGUCACACUCAUUUUGUGUUUACUGAGCUGGACAAAGAACUGUUCUCCUUGCUGCAUCCACUUUACGCGAUAUGCUCGCAUCCAUAAUCCAAAUCCAAAGACUGAAAUUGUUGGAAGCUUAAAGUACCCUUUAACCUCGCCAUUGGUAAUGGGUCAAAUAUUAGUCAGCGUGUUCUAAAAGAGACUAGCAGCAGUUACAGCACUGAUGCAUUGCUGUGCUUCAUACAAAGCAGUGCACAGCAUUUCUGUCAUUUUGGCUUUAUAUAGCACUUACAAUCAACGAUACAGUCACUGUGUGUUUAAUGACAUUCAACUUCAUUCAGACUCAACUGAUUGGGCCGUAUUUCUCUGAAAAAUUGCGAAAUCUCCCAAAAAUGAAUUUCUGUCAUGUGCCAAAUAGCCCCCCCCCCCCCCCAAAAAAAAAAAACAACAACAACAAAAUACACGUCCGCCCUCUGUUCCUAGUGUUCCUGUUUUAAGUGACUCUUUAAUGAGGUUCAAAAUGACAGGCAUGCAGACCCCAUGUUGUGGCAAAUGGGAGUUAUAUCUUGUAUUAAAAAUAGACAGUGGAAGGCUUGAAGGAAGGGGUGGGGGGUCUCAGGAGGAGGGGUGUGGAUUUCAUCUGUGGGGGGGUUUAAGGCACCAGUGACCUUGCUGUUUGAGGGAAGUGGUGAGUGACGGAAAUGGAAUUCCGAGGGAGGGGUUCAGAGACAUGAAGUAGCUGAAGGUAGAGUGCCCGGCCUGGAAAAAAAAAAAAAAAAAAAAUAAAAUAAUACAAAUCCAUUAAACACUGUAAAUUCAGUUUAGAACCAUUCAUUCUUCCAAGUAGGAAAGUAGGAAUAUGUGUUAAGGCCACACUGAAAACAAAAAAUAUAUAUACUAUGAGAAUCAAGUCAUAAUUUCGAAAGAAAAUCAGAAACAUUAAAAAAAUGGUGAUUUUAUUAAAAAAUGACCACUGGUCCCACAGUUGUUGGGAUUGGCCUGAUAAAAAGUUAGACUGAAUUUGCAUAUGAUGAGAAUUUUUCCCCAAAUAUCUUUUUUUUUUUUUAAUAUUACAAGUUUAUUUUCUAGGCGGAGAAAUACUUUUUACACUUAACAUUAGGGCUUAAUUCUCGUAACGACUUUUUCUUUUCCUAAUGUUAUGACUUUAUUCUCAUUUUACAAACUUUUCCACAGACUUUUGUUUUUGUUUUCUUUUCACUGUGGCCCUUAAACGCCUUCAAACAAAAGGCAUGCACUGUUUCGUGUUUCUCCUUUUUUUUUUUUUUUUUUUUUUUUUUACUAUUUCCAUACUGUAUGUGUGUCUACCUUUGUGCUCCAUUGAAGAUGACAUUUUUAUUUGCUAUGCUAACAAUGUGGACUAGCAACUCCGCUUUUCGAGGACUUCAGGCCAUUGAAUUGAGGUACUAAUGUCACAAUAGGACAUGGUCCUUUUUAUAAGAAAACCAGCUUCAAGUUGACCCUCUUUUAUGGUUACCAAAAUUACUGCCUGUAAUUUUCUUUUUUUUUUUUUUUUUUAAGUUUGCUACAAUCCUAUUUUAUCGAAUACCACAGCCUAACCUGGGAAAUGAGGAUCAACUUAAAAACUGGAUACUGUGUAUCCUGAGGUAGUCAACCAUCAAACAUGUAGUGGUAGGUAAUAGCAUCUGUUUUGUACCUUCUUGAGGACAAAAGUUAAAAAAAAUUUAAAAAAAAAAAAAAAAUAAGGUCAUUGUUAAAACUGUAUAAUUAUUACUGCUAUGAUGAUGAUGAUGAUUAAAACUAUUAUUAUUAUUAGGGAAGACUCCUUGUUUGUAAAUAGUGUUUGAUAUUAAAGUAUUAAUUUGGUUCUUAUGUCUUUUCUAAAAAACAGAACAAAAAAAGAAUCUGGUUUUGCUGAGUGCUUUCAAACAACGUAUUGUGUGCCGCGAUCCUCAAUGGCGAACGAAGCUAUGUGCUAAUGCGUUGAAAGUCGGAGCUGUAUGCACACGCCGGUGGACAGACAGCAACUUUCGCCAGCUCUUCACGCGAAGAUCUGUGGUACUUGACUUCCUUGGAUGCUUUUUUCUUUCUUUUUUUUUUGCCUUCAGUGUGGGAAAGCAUGAGAAAGAAAGAAAGAACUGGCCGGAAUCUGGAAGGAACUUGCCGAUUUCAUGAUGUGGCAUGCGCAUGAACUUAAUGACGUAAGAAGAAAAAAAAAAAGUUUUUUAAAGUUUUUUUGUUUUGUUUUUGUUUUUUGCUUGUUUUCUUUACGGUGUGUUAGAUUUUCAGCUCAUGUUCACGUCGUGCAUUUUACUUUGCAUCUCCUAUCCGAGUGAUGUCAUGGAGCCUUGUAGUGACAAGAUAACAAAAGUGCUGUACAAAACACCAAACAUUGUCGUGUAGUUGCAGUAGGGCUCGGCCAUGUGGAUGGCCUUCCUUUUUUUUUUUUUUUUUUUUUUUUUCUCUCUCUCUCUCUCGCUUGAGAAAGACUCUUUCUGAUGACUUAAUCCCGUGUACUUGCUGCCCGUCUCCAUGGAGGAACGCAUACAUUGGGAGUGUAUAUGUGUGAAGGUUUCUCUGUUGGACAAAAAUAUGUUACGAGCCCUAUGAAUUUGGUGUGUUUCUCAUGUGGUGCUGCCGCCGUGAAUGGGAAGCGACGACCCUCUUUUUUGGCAGCCGAGAGUGUUUCCCAUGCCUUAGACGCUCUCCACCAUUGUGCUUUGACAUGUCAACAAAACAGGGCCUUUCACUUCUCCUCUCCACAUUUUUAACAACGCUGCCCCCCCCCCCCCCAAUAGCCCCGCCCCACCUCCAAACAACGGGGGUCAAGGCAUAUCAUAGAUGCAGGUUCUGUGGCCCUCGUUCAUGUUUGUCUUGUGAUUGUGUCGCGUCCGCCGCAUCACACGCUGUCCUUCAUCUUUGUACCCUGCGCUCACGUUGUCAUCAGUGGAGCAAGAUUUCCAAACCUGCUCUUUUACAGUAUAUAAACUAUGAAAAAAAGCCAACAAAAAAUUAUCUGUAUUUGUAUAUACACGUGUCUGAGCAUCUAUGAGUAAUACAAUAAAACAGAAAAACAUCACAA